AUGCCACAGCUGUCGCCCGACCUGCAAGAUCUUAUCGCAAGCGCGGCUGCUCGUCUCAACUGUCAUCCAUCGUCUGGCCAUUGCCGUUCCCCGCAAACACCAGCAAAGCUCCAGGCCCGAAUCCCGUCAGUCGAACGAGGCCCUUCGGACGUCAUGGCCACGCUGUACGCUCGCCAGAGCCGACUACGGGCCACCAACUUCUUCUCCCUUCAGGGGCCCUACGCCUCGACCCGAUGCUUCUCCCAGCACCAGCAGCGCCCGCGCUUCUCCUCCCGCCUGCGUCACGCCCUCAAGAACUCAAAAGUUCAAUGGUACCAGAUCCCCGUCGGCGUCGGCAUCGGAUUCCUGGGCCUGGUACAGUUCUACAAGGUAUCGUCGCGCGAGCGUGAGAAGCAGGAGAGAGACGACGUUCAGGAUGGCGCGCCGCUCAAGAAGCGCGCAAAGAUCAGGCCCGAUGGACCCUGGCAAGUCCAGGUCAUGUCAACACUCCCCCUGAAGGCCAUCUCGAGGCUCUGGGGUCGGUUCAACGAAUUGACUAUUCCAUACUACCUGCGUGUCCCCGGGUUCAAGCUCUACUCGUGGAUUUUCGGCGUCAACUUGUCUGAAGUCGCCGAGUCCGACCUGCACGUGUACCCGAACCUCGCCUCCUUCUUCUACCGUCAGCUCAAGCCCGGUGCCCGUCCCCUCGACCCGAAUUCCAACGCCCUGCUCUCGCCGUCUGACGGUCGGGUUCUGCAAUACGGCCAGAUUGAAGGGGGAGAUAUCGAGCAGGUUAAGGGCAUGACGUACAGCGUCGAUGCCCUCCUCGGCAAGAACACUCCCACGCCCAGCAUCGCGAGCGGCUGGUCUACGCCACAAGAAGCCGAGGCCGCGAAGGCGAACAAUCUUUCCCCCGACGAAGACCUUGUCAAGACUGACGAGGAGUUCGCCCGCGUAAACGGCAUUUCCUACACCGUCCCUAGCCUUCUGUCGGGCGCCGCCAUGGCCCAGCGGCAAGGGUCACUCAAGGACGAGGCCGGCGAGCACCCGUCGGCAUCUGCCGUCUCUGAAGUCCGCGCCGACCUUGCUCUCGGCGAGAAGCCCUGGUACGACCUCAUCUCGCCCGACAGCAAGACCUCUCUUUACUACGCCGUUAUCUACCUCGCCCCCGGGGAUUACCACCGCUUUCAUUCGCCCGCAAACUGGGUCGUCGAGCGCCGCCGUCACUUCGCCGGCGAGCUCUUCAGCGUCUCCCCCUACCUGCAACGCACCUUACCCGGCCUCUUUACCCUCAACGAGCGUGUUGUUCUGCUUGGCCGAUGGCGCUAUGGUUUCUUCAGCUACGUGCCCGUUGGCGCCACCAAUGUUGGCUCCAUCAAGAUCAACUUCGAUCGGGAGCUGCGUACCAACAGCCUGACGACCGAUACGGCGGCUGACCGGGCCGCCGAGGAGGCCGCGAACCGCGGCGAGCCGUACGCGGGAUUCGCCGAGGCUACCUAUGCCUCGGCCAGUCCCGUGCUAGGUGGCCAUGCGCUGCGGAGAGGUGAAGAGAUGGGUGGGUUCCAGCUCGGAAGCACGAUCGUGCUGGUCUUCGAGGCGCCCACCGAGAGCAAGACCGCCGAGGACAAGACCGGAUGGAGGUGGGCUGUUGAGAAAGGCCAGACGAUCAAGAUGGGCCAGGCGUUGGGCUAUGUCGAUGAGGAGUAA